GGCGGCUCCCGCCCCGCCGGCCCGCGCCGCGCAUCCGGGGGCGCGGCGGGAACUGCCGCUGGAGCGGGGGGAAACUGCCGCUGGAGCAUCCGGGGCUGCCGGGGAGCCGCCGCUGGAGCAUCCGGGGCUGCCGGGGAGGCACCGCUGGAGCGGCGGGAAGCACCGCUCCCCGCUGGAGCAGCCGGCGCUGCGGCGGGCGCUACCGCUCCCGGGGACCCCGGCGCCCCGCGGGGCGCAGCAUGGAGAGCCCCGCGGUGACCUUCACGCUGGCCUACCUGGUGUUCGCCGUGUGCUUCGUGUUCCCGCCCGACGAGGUGCGCUCGGCGGGGCUGACGGUGCAGAGCCUGCUGUCCGCCUGGCUGGGCAGCGAGGACGCGGCCUUCGUGCAGUACCACCUGCGGCGCAGCACCGGCACGCUGCUGGCGCACUCCCUGCUGCCCCUCGGUUAUUACCUUGGUAUGUGCUUUGCUGCACCUGAAAAACAUCUUUGUUUUUUCUACCUGGCUUCAAAAGAGUGGAAAACUUUCUUCUUCUUCGCCGUUCUCCUCCCAGCAGUCACCAGUGCCCUGGCAUAUUACUGGUCACGGAAAGGCUGGAAUAAUCAUCCGCUAGCCCGGACACUCGCUGUUCACGCCCUGCCACAGUCAGGCUGGAGGGCAGUAGCUUCUUCCAUCAACACAGAAUUUAGGAGAAUCGACAAAUUCGCUACCGGAGCGCCAGGGGCGAGGGUGAUCGUGACGGACACGUGGGUGAUUAAAGUGACCACCUACUGUUUACAUGUUGCCCAGCAGCAGGACAUUCACCUGACGGUGACAGACUCCAGACAGCACGAGCUCACCCCAGACUCCAACGUGCCUGUGCAGUUCCUCACCAUCCGCGUGGCCAGCGUUAAUCCCUACGUCAAGGCAUUCGAUAUCCGGUUGAACUCCACAGAGUAUGGGGAGCUCCGGGAGAAGCUCCGUGCUCCUAUCAGCAAUGCAGCUAAUGUUGUGAUCCAUCAAAGCCUUAGUGAUUUAUUUUUAGAAACUUUUACAUCUCUGGUGGAAAUCAACCAGACAUACCAAGUUCCAAGCACUCAGGAGCUGGAGCCAUGCAUAGGGUGUAUGCAGACUAUUGCCAACAUCAAGCUCAUCAAGAACUGCCAGGAGCCCAACGAGGGGGAAUGCCAGCAGUGCUACUGCCGGCCCAUGUGGUGCCUCACCUGCAUGGGCAAGUGGUUUGCCAGCAGACAGGACCAGCAGCACCCAGAGACCUGGCUGUCGAGCCAAGUGCCUUGCCCGACUUGCCGAGCCAAAUUUUGCAUUCUAGAUGUUUGCCUAAUACGAUGAGUAGUAACUUGGGUAUGUUUUAACUUUUUGAAUUUGGCUGUGUUUCGUAGUGGGUUUGGUUUAAGGCCUGCUAGGUUUGUUUCUGAGACUUCAUGUUCUAUCAGAGUACAGACUCUAAAGGUUUCUUUUACAGUGUUGAAAACAGAUGUAAAUCUUUUCAGUUCCUUUACACUUUUACCUUAUCUGUGGAUUUUACUCACCUGAUGUUAGCUUCUGGAUUUUAAUUUUGUUUAAACCCCUGUUUUCCUUUCUUACAUUUUGGAUGGGAUAAGGUUAUCCUUCUAUAUUUGCAGUACUAUUGUUUUUUCAGGUUUUAACAUAGGUUAAAUUCUUUAUAUUUUUAAAUUUAACUUGGGUUUUGAUUCUUUAAUAAAGGGCUAACUGAGAAAA